AUACGAACGCCGAUAGGAUAUAAGUCCUGGAGUUUGGAGUUUAGCCCUAUUCUGUCUGACAUUGAAGCUGCACCAUGGCCACUACAGAGUCUGUGCGGUCUAGCACUGACAUGAGUGACGAUUUUGUUGUAUACGUCAACGGUAAAAAGUUUACAGACAAGCAUGUAGACCCUGAAACAACUUUAUUAAACUACAUCAGGAGAAAGCUAAGAUUAACAGGAAGUAAAUUGUCUUGUGGUGAAGGAGGAUGUGGAGCUUGUACUGUGAUGCUGUCAAAAUAUGACCACGUGGACAAGAAGAUAUCACAUUAUGCUAUCAAUGCAUGUUAUACCCCUGUAUGCUCUGUACAUGGUAUGGCUAUCACCACAGUGGAAGGUGUUGGAUCAACAAAGACAAAGCUGCAUCCCGUACAGGAACGUCUUGCGAAAGCCCAUGGUCUGCAGUGUGGAUUUUGUUCACCUGGAAUGGUAAUGUCAAUGUACACGUUAUUACGGAACAAUGCCGACCCUACCAUCUCGGAUAUCGAAAAGUGUCUGAAAGGGAAUUUGUGUCGCUGCACUGGAUAUAGGUCAAUAUUGGACGGAUUCAAGACUUUCGCUCAGAAUGGUUGCUGUGGUUACCUCUCUGUCUGUAAUGCUGACCAGCAUAAUGAGACUCGCUUGAAUCUCUCAGUUGAUCUCAAAGAUUGUGAACCUUACGACCCUUCUCAAGAACUUAUAUUCCCACCGGCUUUGCAGACGAAGAAUUGGUUUCAAACACAAACAGUUCGGUUUGUUGGGGAAUCGGUUGACUGGAUUCGACCUACCACUUUAAAGGAACUACUCAAAUUGAAGACUGGGUUACCAACUGCUAAAUUGGUUGUGGGCAAUGCUGAAGUUGGAUUUGAACCAAGACCCAAGAAUAUAAAAACUACUUUGAUAUCAGCAACACACGUACCCGAGUUAAACCAGAUUGAUAUCACAGACUCUGGUAUCACAUUUGGUUCUUCUGUCACUAUGAGUCGUAUGUACGACGUUCUCAAAAGAAGAGUCGACGAAUUACCAAAGAGCAAGACAAAGAUAUAUAGAUCCCUAAUGGAAAUGUUGGAAAUGAUAGGCGACCAACAAUUGAGAAAUGUUGCGGGUAUUGGUAGCCAUAUAAUGAGUGCCAGUCCUUUAUCUGAUAUCAAUCCUAUGUUGAUGGCUGCUGACGUCACUCUUAUUGUUGCUUCUCACAAAGAUGGCGAACGAACCAUAAAUAUGGAUAAUACCUUCUUCACUGGGCCUAGGAGUACGUGUCUCAAGGAAGAUGAACUUUUAAUUAGUUUGACAAUAAGAUUUUCAACAAAGGACGAAUAUUUUAGUGGGUAUAAAGUGAACAAUCAAGUUCACCGUCGAGAUAGAGACGUUGCAAUGAUAAGUGCUGGUAUGAAUGUUUGUUUUGAAGACAACAGUGACGUCAUUCGGAUACUUACUCUCUGUUUUGCUGGAACUGGACCAACAGUGGUCAUGGCAACUGACAUGAUGGAGCAUAUUCAAGGAAGAAAAUGGGACGAGUGUCUUCUUAGAGAUGUUCAGCGCAUGCUGGUAGAGAAGCUGGAAAUGUCGAAAGAAGGCGGGUUUGUUGAGUAUCGAAAGAACCUAUUGCAGAGUUUCUUCUUUCAAUUUUAUUUAAACGUGCAGAAUGAACUAAGUCAACAACUGCCUGGCAUUGUUUUUCCGAUACCGUUAUCAUAUCAAACAACGUUGAAUUCAAUGGAAUUACCAGCUAAUAGCAGUACACAAGUAUUUCAGGGCGUACCUUGUGAACAGUCGGAUGAUGACCCUGUGGGACGACCAGUAAUGAAUGAAUCAAGUUUACAUUUAACCACUGGACAAGCAUUAUUUUUAGAUGACAUAAAACCCGAACAAGAUGAACUACAUUUUGCACUUGUCAUUAGUAAGCAAGCACAUGCCAAAAUACUUUCAAUUGACACAUCGGAAGCGAUCUCGCAGGAUGGUGUCCAUUCUUUUGUCGGGGCCGUUGAUGUUCCUGGCAACAACAGAUGGAGUUUGAUAAACCCUGAUAAUUUGGAGGAGGCUAUUUUUGCAACGGAAGAGGUUUUGUGUGUUGGUCAAAUUAUUGGGGGAAUCGUCGCAGAUACACCACAGCUGGCCCGUAAAGCAGCAAAUCUAGUUAAAGUCGAAUAUGGAGAGGUGGAACACAUUCUGACCAUCGAGGAGGCUAUCUGUAAGGAAUCGUAUAUGCAACCAUUCCGUCAUAUAGAAGAAGGUGAUGUAAACGCCGAAUUUGAAAAAUCGGAUUUCGUGGUGGAAGGCGAGGUUCGUGUUGGUGGCCAGUAUCAUUACUAUAUGGAGAACCAGUGUUGUAUAGCACAGCCAAAUGAGUGCAAUGAAAUGUUGAUGACUGUGUCAACACAGAACCUUUUUGGUGUACAGAUGCACGUGGCGGACGCCCUAGGUAUCCCAGCUCAUAAAGUUACGUGUAAAAUAAGGCGAGUUGGAGGGGCAUUUGGUGGUAAAGAUACUACAACCUCCACGAAUUUGGCUAUGGCAUGUGCUGUCGCUGCAAACAAGACUGGAAAACCAGUACGCCUAGUCCUUGGCAGGGACACGGACAUGCAAUGUACUGGAAUGAGACACCCAUUUUUGCUGAAGUUUAAAGUUGGUUUCAACAAAGACGGAAUGCUUAGAGCGCUUGAAAGUGAAUUGUUCGUGAAUGCGGGAUAUACUUGUAACUUGUCCGUUAUAAUAGUAGACGUUAUGAUGCAUCAAUUGCAUAAUGCCUAUAAGAUUCCAGUGUACAGUAUGACUGGUAAGGCUUGCAGGACAAAUGUCCAAUCCAACACAAUCAUGCGAGCAGCGGGGACUGUGCAACCAAUGGCAGGUAUUGAGACUAUUAUGGAUCUGGUAGCAGCAAAAUGCGGUAUUUCUCCCGAGAAGGUCCGCGCAAUGAAUUUGUAUAAAGUUGGUGACAGUGAUAAUUUUUAUCAAGAGCUACCUGAUGUUAUUAACUUAAAAAGAUGCUGGAACGAGUGCCUUCUGAAAAGUGAUUUCGACAGUAGACGUGAAACAAUUGAUCAUUUUAAUAGAACAAAUCGUUGGAAGAAACGCGGAUUAGCCAUUGUUCCUAUCCAGAGAAUGACGGGUAUAAUAGGGAUUGUUGCUAAUCAGGGCGCUGCAUUGGUGCAUAUAUAUCUGGAUGGUUCAGUGUUACUUACCCAUGGUGGUAUAGAGAUGGGUCAAGGGUUACAUACCAAGACAAUACAGAUUGCAAGUCGUGUUCUACGUAUACCCUCUGAACGUAUACAUAUCAAUGAGACAAGUACGGAUAAGGUACCGAACGCGACUAGUACUGGCGGGUCAGCAGGAACAGAUUUAUUCGGCACCGCAAUUAAGUUUGCAUGCGAGACUAUAAUGAAGCGGUUAGAACCGUUCAUGCUUGGAAAUCCUGAAGGAUCAUGGGAAGAUUGGGUCCAUGCAGCUUAUUCACACAGGGUCAGCUUAUCAGCAACUGGAUUCUACAAGUUCCCAGGCGAUAUAGGGUUCAACUGGGAAGAUCACCGCGCCAGUCGUUUGCAAUAUCACUUUAUGUACGGUGCGGGCUGCUGUGAAGUUGAAAUUGAUUGCCUGACCGGUGAACAUCAAAUGAGACGUGUUGAUAUUGUCAUGGACAUAGGACGAAGUUUAAAUCCAGCAUUGGACAUUGGACAGAUUGAAGGUGGUUUUAUCCAAGGUUAUGGAUUGUUUAUUAUGGAAGAAUUGCGAUAUUCACAAAAAGGCGAACUACUGACCAGGGGACCAGGAAUGUACCGAAUACCAUGGAUCAGUGAUAUACCAAGACAAUUCAAUGUGCAUUUGUUGGAAGGAUCUACGUGUCCUGGUGGUAUAUAUUCUGCCAAGGCAAUUGGAGAACCGCCAUGUUUACUUGGAGUAUCUGCACUGGUUGCCAUUAGAGAUGCUAUAUCUUCAGCCAGAUCAGAUGUUGGUCUCCAUGGCAACUUCUAUUUGAACUGUCCAGCGACAGCAGCGAGAAUAAGGCUAGCUUGCAGUGAUGAUUUUCCAAAAACAUCAAAAGAGGUAGCCGAUGAUUAUUUUGUAAGAGCAUAGAUGAAGGUUCAG